AUGGAGUUAAACUUUUCGUUCCUCACCGGGUUAGGUUGCGGCAUCUGCAUCGGCAUUUCUUUAUUGGCUCUGAAAAGAUAUUUUGGAGCCGCUGCUGAAGCUACAAAGGCUGUGACGAAGUUUGCAUCAGACUCGGAAUACAAACUGGUGUUAGUUGUAAGGACAGACCUCAAUAUGAGCAAAGGCAAGAUUGCAGCUCAAUGUAGUCACGCAGCUGUCGGUGCCUUUGCAAAAGCGCAGAAAAAAGACCCAGAAGGAUUGAAACUAUGGCAAUACACUGGCCAAGCAAAAGUAGCUCUUAAGACUGACUCCUUAGAUGAGGUGAAACAGAUUUGUGACAAUGCCAAAAAGAUGGGACUGAUCACUUCUUUAAUUAGAGAUGCUGGCAGGACACAGAUUGCUCCGAACUCCAUCACAGUCCUCGGUGUCGGACCAGCCCCCAAAGAUAUUAUCGACAAAGUGACUGGACAUUUGAAAUUGUUGUAA